UUGUUAAUGUGCAUUCGAUUUUCCGGAAAAUGGAAGUGGAAUAUGAGGACUCCGGCUGGCAAGGCCGUGCCAAAGCCCAGUCCAACUCCGAGGAAGUACACGAGGACAACCCACAGAAGACCAUACAAGAAUGCCUGGAGAAAUUCCUAACACCGGACUACAUCAUGGAGCCGGGCAUAUUUACGCAACUGAAGAGGUACUUCCAGUCUGGCGGCUCCCCGGAGGAAGUGAUUUCGAUGCUGUCGGAGAACUACAAGGCGGUGGCCCAAAUGGCCAACUUGCUGGCCGAGUGGCUCAUUCUGGCUGGCGUCAAGGUGACCGAUGUCCAGGCCAUGGUCGAGAAUCAUUUAAAAGAGAUGAUUCUCAAGUCCUUCGACCCGAAAAAAGCGGACACCAUAUUCACGGAAGAGGGCGAGACACCAGACUGGCUCACCGAGAUGAUCGAUCACUAUACGUGGCGAUCGCUGAUCUACCGUCUGGCCGAGGAGUAUCCCGACUGCUUGAUGCUGAACUUUACCAUCAAACUGAUAUCGGAUGCGGGAUUCCAAAGUGAAAUCACCUCCAUAUCGACAGCUGCCCAGCAAAUCGAAGUUUUCUCGCGCGUUCUCAAGACCUCUAUUGUUAAGUUUCUCAACAAUACGGACGAUGUGCAUGGCGCCAUACAGGAGUGCGCCCGCAUGGUCUGUCACGGCCAACACACGUACGUCUACUCGCAGGUGCUGAUCCAAGUGCUAAGCCAGGAGCAAAAGGGCGGCUUCAACAUGAAGCGACUCUCUCAGGAAAUCAUUAAAUAUGCCUUACAAAACAAUCAGAACGUGACGCCCAUAACGAUGGCCCUAAAUGGUUCAGCCGUUUAUCCACAGGCCUGUCAGGCACUCACAUCGAUGCUGACCCGCAAUACCCUCAAUCCUGCCGACAUCACAGUGCUGUUCCGCAACUACUCGGGAUCUGAUCCACCGCCAAUCGACCUCAUACGCAACCCGCAGUUCCUGGAGCUACUAGUUGAUGCCUUAUUCCGCUCUGGCGUCAAAAUAAACCCCGAACACAAGCCCAAGUACAUGUUUCUGCUGGCCUAUGCGUCGGCUGUCAUCGAUCAACCGGCGAAAAAGCGACCCCUGACCGAACGCACGCUGAACAAGGACGAGCUGAAGAGCACGAUUCAGGCCAUCGAAAAGGCGCAUGCCAUUUGCAAUGUGGGUCAAGGUACCUCAGAGCUAAUUGCCGAACUCCAGACGCUGUACAACUGCAUCAAGUAUCCCGUUGUUGGCGUGGGUGUGAUACGCUGGAUUGAGAACGUUGUGAUGGAGCCAUCGUUCUUCAAGCUCUCCACCGACAGCUGUCCCACCCAUCUGGCCGUGCUGGACGAAGUGGCGGCUGUCCAUCCAACCCUGCAACAGCAAAUUCUCUUCCUGCUCAUCCGCCUCUUCGAAUCGAAGCAGGACGAACUGGAGAUCCUCGUUCAGCUGGAGAUGAAGAAGAUGAUUUUGGAUCGCAUGGUCAAUCUGCUGACACGCGGCUGUGUGGUGCCUGUGCUCCGAUAUGUGAAGCAAUGUUGCGCCAUCGAGGACACUGAUGUUUCGCUGAUACGUUACUUUGUCACCGAAGUCCUGGAGACCAUCACGCAUCCGUAUUCACCAGAAUUUGUGCAGCUCUUUCUACCGAUGGUGGAGAAUGAGGAAAUAACGGGCACAAUGCGGGGAGAGGGUGACAAUGAUCCAGUGUCCGAGUUUAUUGUUCAUUGUAAAGCGCACUACACCACUGUAUAACACUUGCUCAGGGAGUGCACAAUACAUAUAUAUAUAUAUAUUUGUAAAGGAUAAACAAAAAGGAUUGACAAAGUUAAGGGCAAUAAGAAGAAUAAAGCGAGGGAGAGAGUCUAUUUUUUAAGUCCA